AAUGCAAGAAAAACUAUUGAGAGUUUGUUGAGUUUUAUUUUAGUGGAGUUCAUAUUUAGUGUUCUUUGAAAACUGAAAGGUGGAUUAUGGGCCAAAACUGGUCUGUAACUAGUUUUUGUUUCCAAAAAGGGCAAAGUUCCACUUCUGUGCAUGCAUAAGAGUGAUUAUACAUGCAUGUAAAAGUAUGUAUAACCGAUGUCCAGCGUGCAUCUCUGCAGAUACAGUCACCUGCUGUGUUUCCUCCAGUGUGCAUAAAGUGCUGCAGAGCGAUCAAACUUCUUUUUUAAUGAAGCUAUUUUUAGUUUCAGGCCGUGGCUGCUGCGCUCAGAGGGGGAGCGUGCGUGGCUCGAUGACCCCCAUCAAUCUGCCACGAGCCAGAGUGUGACAAUAGCAUUAUCAUACCAAUACACCAUUCAGCUCGAGCCAAUCAGGGCGCAGCGCUUUCACUGGGCCGCACGAGCUGCAGAGUAUAAAAGAGGGAGGCUGCGGGUUUCAAAGCACUCUGCUCCCUUUCGGAUUUUACUCUCCGUCCAAACCUUUCUAAAGCUCUCCCUUUGCGGAAUAUCUCCACCGUCUUCAUCAUGACUCUUGAGGAAGUUCUGAUCCAGAAGCCCACCGAGCGUGCUCAGUGCACCGGCAAAGCCCUGGAGGAGGUCCUGGUGUCGGCUAAAGACAACGACUCCAUCACCGUCGGUGUCUACGAGAGCGCAAAAGUUAUGAAUCUUGAUCCAGACAGUGUGUCUUUCUGCGUCCUGGCCGUGGAUGAGGAGUUCGAGUGCGACAUCGCUCUGCAGAUCCACUUCACCCUCAUCCAGUCCUUCUGCUUCGACAACGACAUCAGCAUUGUCAGAGUGAGCGACAUGCAGCGUUUGGCUGAGAUUGUUGGCGACAAGGCAGAGCAGCUUGAAGAUGCCCACUGCGUCCUCAUCACGAACCCAGCUGACGGGUCUUGGGAGGACCCUGCUCUGGAGAAGCUGCACCUGUUCUGUGAGGAGAGCCGGCGUCUGAACGACUGGGUCCCUGAGAUCAGCCUGCCCGAGCGCUGAUCUGGGACUCGGCUCCCUCUCUUGCUCAGAUGCUGUAAAGCUUCUUAUUUGGAAAUACUCAUCCUGAUGAACAGGAUGACCCUGUUUCUGCUCAUCCCUGGAUACUCCUGAGGAGGAUUCCGUCCAGGCAGCACGGCGCCGGCCCGAGGGGCCCCCGUGAACCGUCGCCUCUUGUCCCGUCCAUGCCAAGAUGACUCUCAUUCUUUAUGUGAAUGAGGUCAGGUAUGCCGCAAGAGCGACACAUCGACCCUCAUUCUUUGUGCGGAUGAGGUUUGGAGAGGAAGGAGAAGCGAAUUCUGCGUCCUGUGGUUCCACAGAGCAAAUGUCGCACUCUGAAGCACGCGCAGCAGGAGAAGAAGCGGUGCUGAGAAAGAGGCAUUCUUAAAAAGAGACUUUUUAAAGAUGUCCUCUUCGCUGAGCAACAUGACAACAGUUGCAAUCAGCGCAAAUGUUUCCCACUUUCCAGAAUUGUCUUAAUUCUCUAAAGGUUUCACUUUAGAAAUUUAAUGAUGACAAAAAAUAUUAUAAAACAUAUUAAAAAAAUUAAAAAAUGGUCUGUUCUCUAAAGGUUUCACUUUAGAAAACGGCUACAUUAAGUUAAAAAUGAUGAGAAUUUGUAAGAAUAUCUUAUAAACAUUUCAUUAUGUACUGAAGACAGAAAUGUUAAAAAUGAAACUCUUUGACUGAAGAUGUUGUGAUCCUGUUGGAACAAUGUUGGAAACGAAAUGAUGUAUAUCUCUAUGACAGCUUCACAUUAGAAACUGUCUGAAAUUGUAAGUGGAAAAUGCUUAAUAAAAAACAAAAAGAUCAUA